AAAGGGUGUGCCUGGCAUAGCGCGCACGUACACCAAACCAAAUCCACUCACACCCCCCCUCGCAUUCGAUCCACCAAAAGGGCGCAAAACAAGGAACGCUCUUUUUUAAACAACAACAAUCACCAUCACAAAGAGACAACAAUUGUUGUGUUUUUCAUUCAUCAUUCAUGAUGUCCUUACAGCCUAUCUCAUCUGUAGGGCAACGUCGAAUUGACUAUUCUCCACCUCGUCAUUCAUACAAUCAACAACCACAAACAUCUCCAAGAUACUCCUAUUCAGACCAAACACGAUCUUCUUUGGAAAUGCAACCAAAUCGUCCUUACUCGGAAUCACCUUCAGGGUCGUAUUAUUCUCAUUAUCCUGCCGCAAAUACCACCGCAAUUCGCGCAGCAGAUUUGCCAAAUGAAGCAAAACAGAGGCAAGCCGAGAGUGUACCUGCCAAUCGAACAGCAUCAACGUCUAACGAAACUUCCGGCGCUUCUUCCGCUGAUUCGGGUGCAAAUUCAUCCGGCAACGUUACAAUGUUUCAAUGCAGAGGCUUUGGCGAUUGCAAAAUGGUAUUCACCAGAAGUGAACAUUUGGCAAGACAUGUUCGAAAGCAUACAGGAGAAAGACCCUUUAGAUGUCAUUGCGGCAAAGCCUUUUCGAGAUUAGACAAUUUACGCCAACAUGCGCAAACCGUUCAUGCUGAUGAGCAAGACCGUAAUGAAAUCAUGAUGCAGGAAUUGACAACUUUGCACUCCAAUCUGGCCGCCUCUGCAGCUCUUUCCCAAGUAGCACAAGCACAGGUUCUGAGCAAGACCGGUCCACCGGCUGCGCCAACGGUAGCCAACGGUAAUAUGGUCAACAGACGAAAAAGUGCAGCUGCCUUGGCAGUAAAUCAAGCUCCAGCUGGAAAAAGUGCAAAUACGUUGGCAGCAGCAAAGAGAAGAGCUUCUGGUCCUGCUUUUGGAGAUAUGCAACCGUCUUCCUAUCGUUAUGAUGUUCCUGGAAGCUAUUCCCGACCUUCUUUCAGUUCUCCUUGGCAGCAAGGUCAUGCUGCGCCACAUAUGCAUAACGGGUACGCUCCACCUGAUGAGCAUGCUUAUGGUGGACAUUCAUACCAAGAUCGAUAUGCUGAUGCGGUACCUAGAGGCGCACGCGGAGUAAGUCCCCCUCUUUAUAGCUCACGACCGUCAACGAGCGUUGCCGAUCGUCCGAUCUUACCUCCCUUGAGCAGUUUAAGCAGACCCGGUACUGCUCAUGGCGCUGCGGGAAUGUCUGCUCAUCCCUUGCCACCAACGCCUACAAGCAGAAGACCAAGCAUGAUGGAAACACACACAUAUCCUGCUGCUCUUCCUUCCUAUACAUCAAGCAGUGAAGAUCGUCCAUAUACAAGUCCUCCUGGAGGAGCAUAUGCAGCGGGAGCAAUGGGAUCUCAAAUGCGUCCCACUUUGCCAAACGUACGUACAAGCUCUGCAAUCCGUCCAGGAUCGCGUGGAUCGUCUGUUUUGGAGCCUCCCAGUUUCAUGGAUUCACAUCGUCGUCCUUCAUCAUCUUCGGGAACUGCUUAUCCCGUUUUGGGCAACGGCGAACGAACAUCUCCUCCAUCAAAUCAAUCUCCUUUCCAAUUUCAACCGCCUCCGCUCAGCGCUUCCGUUCAGCCUCGUCAAAGUUCGCUAAGCCGACCUCCUUCUUCGAGUGGUCCACCGCCUGCUUUGCCACCUUUGCUCAAACGUAGUCGCGAAGCAGAAGAUGAAUAUAGUGGUAAACGGAUAAGACCGUUUACGAGUGGCGAUAUGCCUGCUCCUUCUCGCUUUGGCGAUAAUCAUGAUGGAUACAGAAGAAAGAGUGUUGUUUAUGAGGAUCGGGAAGCGGAAGCAUCUCCUCCUUAUGUGCCACCUUCAUCUGUACCGGAACAUCGGGUCAGCAUCGCAUCUUUGGUGGAAGGCAGACGAAGUCACGAAGAGGAGGAAGAUUGAAAGAUUUUUUGAACACAUUUUAACUAUCCUCUACACACAAUCGCUUCAUAUAAUGACAUCCAGUAUCG